UAUGUUCCCCUAUCUAUAUUUUAACAACAGCACAACACACAACUUCACAUAUACCGCAUAUACCGCAUAAUUUACGCAGUUUGAAGGAAUUGAAAAAGAGAGGAUAGGAAAGAUGCCAUAUGAACUUAAGGGUCGUAACGUCCUCGUGACGGGGGGUUCGCGCGGCCUAGGCGCACUCAUCUGCGACAAAUUCGCCAAAGAAGGCGCGAACCUAGUCAUCAACUACGUGUCCAGCGCCGCGGCCGCUGAGGAGAUCGCGAAGACGAUUGAGAAGGAGUAUGGAGUCAAGGCUUUUGUGGUGCAGGGGGAUAUGGGGCUCGAAGCCGAUUGCGUGAGGGUUGUUGAGGAGUCGAUUGCGAAGUUGGGGGGGUUGGAUGUGAUUAUUUCGAAUGCCGGCUGGACGCGCUUCUCCUCCAUCCACGACCUCCACGCCACCACCGCCGCCGACUGGGACACCUGCUACGCCGUCAACGUUAAAGCGCAGAACUACCUCCUUCGCACCGCCUUGCCAACUUUCAACGCGAACCCCGAGGGCGGAUCGUUCAUCAUGACCUCGUCGAUUGCGGGGAUGGCGGUGUCGGGGAGCAGCUUGCCGUAUUGUGUGACGAAGGCGGCGCAGUUGCAGUUGAUGAGGGUGUUUGCGGCGAGUCAGGGGCCGAAGGUUAGGUGUAAUGCGGUUUGUCCCGGGUUGCUUUUGACGGAGUGGGGCCAGAAAUACCCUGAGGCGACAAUCAAGUUCAUGGAGGAGAGGGCGUACUUGAAGAAAGUGACGGACCUUGAAGACUGCGCGCAGUCAUUCAUAGAUACUGCACGGAACUCGUCCAUGACGGGCCAGAAGAUCGUUGUUGAUUCCGGGUUGUCGCAGUUAUAAGGUGGGCGAUGAGCUGGAAGGAGUGGACAGAGAGAGGAGAUGAUGAGAGGUGGAUCGUUUUGGACGAAGGUAAAAUACUAGACGUUUACAGAAAAUGGAGACUUUCCAGCUCGAGUACGGCUCCAUUCUCAAGAAUGACGUGAAGGAUGUGAUUUCCAAAAAUACCAAUAUAGAAAGAGUAUAU